AUGAGGCGGGUGACCCUGUUCCUGAACGGCAGCCCCAAGAACGGAAAACCUGCUGUAAGCUAGGUGGUUGCUGUAUAUGGAACUUUAUCUGAUUUGCUUUCUGUGCCCAGCAGUAAACUCGGCAUAAAAGCCACCAGUGUGUAUAAUGGGAAAGGUGGACUGAUUGAUGAUAUUGCUUUGAUCAGGGAUGAUGAUGUUUUGUUUGUUUGUGAAGGGGAGCCAUUUAUUGAUCCUCAGACAGAUUCUAAGCCUCCUGAGGGAUUGUUAGGAUUCUACACAGACUGGCUGACAUUAAAUGUUGGAGGGCGGUACUUUACAACUACACGCGUUACUCCUACCAGCACUUUGGUGAAUAAGGAACCUGACAGUAUGCUGGCCCACAUGUUUAAGGACAAAGGUGUCUGGGGAAAUAAGCAAUAUCAUAGAGGAGCUUUCUUAAUUGACCGAAGUCCUGAGUACUUUGAAACCAUUUUGAACUACUUGCGUCAUGGACAGCUCAUUGUAAAUGAUGGCAUUAAUUUAUUGGGUGUGUUAGAAGAAGCAAGAUUUUUUGGUAUUGACUCAUUGAUUGAACACGUAGAAGUGGCAAUAAAGAAUUCUCAACCACCGGAGGAUCAUUCACCAAUAUCCCGAAAGGAAUUUGUCCGAUUUUUGCUAGCGACUCCAACCAAGUCAGAACUGCGAUGCCAGGGUUUGAACUUCAAUGGUGCUGAUCUUUCUCAUUUGGAUCUUCGAUACAUUAACUUCAAAAUGGCCAAUUUAAGCCGCCGUGAUCUUGCACAUGCAAAUCUUUGCUGUGCAAAUCUUGAACGAGCUGAUCUCUGUGGAUCAGUGCUUGACUGUGCAAAUCUCCAGGGAGUCAAGAUGCUCUGUUCUAAUGCAAAAGGAGCAUCCCUGAAACUGUGUAAUUUUGAGGAUCCUUCUGGUCUUAAAGCCAAUUUAGAAGGUGCUAAUCUGAAGGGUGUGGAUAUGGAAGGAAGUCAGAUGACAGGAAUUAACCUGAGAGUGGCUACCUUAAAAAAUGCAAAGUUGAAGAACUCUAACCUCAGAGGAGCAACUCUGGCAGGAACUGAUUUAGAGAACUGUGAUCUAUCUGGGUGUGAUCUUCAAGAAGCCAACCUGAGAGGGUCCAACAUGAAGGGAGCUAUAUUUGAAGAGAUGCUGACACCACUACACAUGUCACAAAGUGUCAGAUGAGAAUUUUAGGGGCUGGAGGAAGAUGUACAAGAUGAAAAUGUUUUCCUUAUCACUUUUCUUUCUCCACCCACUCAGUUGUCUAGAAGAAAUAACACUGUAA